AUUGCAACUUUCUUUUGAUUUCAUUUCGUCAUCUUCUGUUUAUGAGAAUACAUUUCAAGCUCGAAAUUUUCUGUUUUGUUUUGGGCUGUGAUACAAAUCGCGCCUUCUGAUUCUGGGACUCGAGAUGGAUCUUGCCACCUCGGAACAUAACCAUCUCGACCCUCAUGAAGCACCCCCUCAAACAUUAAAAGACCUCUUCAAAUCAUGGAAAAGAUCAUCUAUAGAAUCAAUAAAUCAACUUGAUAUUGCUUCUGGUGAGACAGAGUUUUUGGGAAGCGUACCGAAGUCUCGUCUCCAGUCUGCAUUUGAAGACUUUUCCGGGCUCCCUCUCGACCAACAUUUGGAACUUACACCGAUUUAUGGGUUUAAAGAUCUGCCAGGCUUGUUUGUCCUACCCUCGUUGCUGCCUCCCUCUGUUCAGAAAGAGCUGCUUUCACGCUUAUUGCAUCGAGAUCUAUCAGACCCGAGACAUAAAACCAAUUUGCAUCUACAUUAUGAUGUUUCUUAUCCUACUGAGAACCCCUCGUUCUUCUCUGCACCUCCAGCCAGCAUUGCUCUCCAUCCUAAAGAUGCGAAAGUGCACAAACCACUAAGUGUCAAAGCUGCUCUGGAAAAGAAAGUCCGAUGGGUCACUCUUGGGGGACAGUAUGACUGGACCAACAAGGUCUAUCCAUCAGAAGAGCCUCCUAGGUUCCCUCAAGAUGUCGCUGCGCUCAUUAGAAAUAUCUUUACGGAUAUGGAGCCUCAGGCAGCUAUCGUCAAUCUUUAUUCUCCAGGAGACACCUUGAGCUUGCAUCGGGAUGUUAGCGAAGAGGUUGAUAAAGGACUGGUAGGCGUGAGCUUAGGCUGCGAUGCUAUCUUUUUAGUUGGACUUCAUGAUGAGAAGUCAGGGGAAACACAUUCAGCAGUCCUCCGACUGCGAUCCGGAGAUGCACUUUACAUGACAGGGAAAUCACGCUUUGCCUGGCAUGCAGUUCCGAAGAUUGUUGCUGGUACAUGCCCGGCCUAUCUUUCGAACUGGCCAGAGGAAGAAUUCCCAAAAUGGGAAGGUUGGAUGUCAAAUAAGAGAAUCAAUCUCAAUGUUCGUCAAAUGCGAGGAUCAACAAGUGUGGCUUCCAUGAAGUUCUUGGGCGAUUAAGACAGCUAAAUGCAGGUUCUCCCACUUUUGAACGUAUGCCGGGGUGCAUAGCGCCACGAAGCUACCCCUCCAUGAUAAGGCUAUCAUGACAAACACAAACCAGCAUUUCGUUCAGAUAAUGCGUUGAACUCGUCUCAUUCAAUCUGAAUCUGAAAAGUAAUUUCUUUUUGACAGCACCGACAAAAUGGUUGAAUGGCAAACUUUGGCAAAAGAAAAACGGGAAUCCGUUAUUGGACUAAUCCCUAAAGCUUGGCUGUUACCCUCUCCUGUUCCGCCUGCAACGGAGCAGCGAGACGUCACUGGAAAAUAUAUCCAACAGUUUCUUUCUCCUGCUGAGAUUGAAAUU